CCACAGCCAGGGGGCUAUAGGGAGGCAAUCUGCAGCCAUUCUCUGGGGAAAGGGAGGGGUGUUUGGGGGCUGAAGUAGUGAACAGCCCCAGUUGCUCCCUGGGAAGAGGAGGAGGAAGUAGAGCACUUGGCAAACCCCACAGAGGAGGAAGUAUUGGGGAGAAAGCAGCAAGCUUGGCGACUGAGCAGACUGGCUGCAUGUUGAAGGGUCCCUGGGUUAAACCCUGGAGUAGCGGGCAGGCCUGGGUUCCUCUCCCUGCCACUGGGGAAGUGGUACUGGUGGGGUAGUGAACUGGAAGCUUGUCUGUGGGAGUAACAGAGACUGAAGGACUCUACCUGGAGGGGAACACUGAGGGACCUAGCCAGAGGGCUGAGUCCUGAGGAGGAUGCUGGUGUUCCUGGAGUGCGUGAGGGAGAGGCAGCAGACCAGUGACAGAAGGAUGGUGUGACAGCAUUCAAACAGCGGAAGAGGGCUUUGACCUCAAAAGUUAAUCACCAGACUGAUCAUGAGGCAGCAUCAGACAAGCGGUGGAUUGUUCCGAGACUUGGUGCCAGAGAAGGAGAGGAACGUCAGAAGAGUCGCGUGUGCGAGCCAGCUGCUACUAUGAGCCAGGAAUGAGCAGCUGAUCACCCAGGGAAAGUGAAAGGAGAAAUGCGCCUAAUAGAAAAGACCCAGCGCAAGCCACAUGCAGACUUGAGCCUGUUUGACCGUUUGUCCUUCAAAAGCUCAGUCAAGGGGCUGUUUGGUAUUUCAGAUCACAGCUUUGCUGUAUUCACAGUGACACUUAAGGCUGGCUCAGCAUUUCCAUUUUAAGCUCUCAUUUUCAGGGGGCUUGUGUGUGCUGGGGAAAAAAAGCACCCGCCCCUGAUCCCAUCACUCUCAGGGAUGCAGCAUGGAUGGGGAGCCCCCCCGCUCUGAGAACUGAGCUGGGGGGAGGACAGCUGUGAGAUAAUCAGAUCUGAUGCGUGGGGUACAGAACCCCCUGAAAUGUGGGCUGCUAUGGGACGCUGUGCCCUUCCCCCAAACAUGGGACGCAGAUUCCUGACAAGUAGGAUACAGAUCUCCCUGUGGAUCAAGCACUAAGACAUUAAUGUCCUGAUCUUGCAAACACUUACACGUGUGCCCACGGCUCAAGGGAGGAACCCGAGUUUGUGACAGCUCGUGCUGGCGAGAGCGUGAUCCUGGGAUGCGACGUGAUCCAUCCGUUGACCGGGCAGCCCCCUCCCUAUGUGGUGGAGUGGUUCAAAUUCGGAGUCCCCAUCCCCAUCUUCAUCAAGUUUGGGUUUUACCCUCCCCAUGUGGACCCAGGAUAUGCAGGCCGCGCCAGCCUUCAUGACAAGGCAUCCCUGCGCAUCGAGCAGAUUCGCUCCGAGGACCAGGGCUGGUACGAGUGCAAAGUGCUUAUGCUGGAUCAGCAGUACGACACCUUCCACAACGGCAGCUGGGUGCACCUCACAGUCAAUGCUCCCCCCACCUUCACGGAAACACCCCCCCAGUACGUAGAAGCGAAAGAGGGCAGCAGCGUCACCCUGACCUGCAUGGCUUUUGGGAACCCCAAGCCUGUUGUCACCUGGCUGAGAGAAGGGGACCUCUUAGGUGCCAGUGGGAAGUACCAGGUGAGCGAUGGGAGUUUGACUGUCAUGUCGGUCAGUCGGGAAGACAGAGGCGCGUACACUUGCCGGGCUUACAGCAUCCAAGGGGAGGCUGUGCACACCACUCGUCUGCUCGUACAAGGACCCCCCUUCAUCGUUUCCCCUCCAGAGAACAUCACCGUCAACAUCUCCCAGGAUGCCCUGUUCACCUGCCAGGCCGAGGCGUAUCCAGGGAACAUGACCUACACCUGGUACUGGGAGGAGGAGAACGUCUACUUCAAGAAUGACCUGAAACUGAGGGUCCGGAUCCUGAUUGAUGGGACGCUGAUCAUCUUCCGUGUCAAAUCAGACGAUGCUGGGAAAUACACUUGCAUUCCUAGCAACAGCCUUGGCCGCUCACCGUCCGCCUCUGCCUACCUGACAGUGCAGUAUCCCGCCCGUGUGGUGAACAUGCCACCCAUCCUAUAUGUUCCCAUUGGGAUACAUGGCUACAUCCGCUGUCCGGUGGAGGCAGAACCGCCAGUCACCUUCGUCAAGUGGAAUAAAGAUGGACGCCCCCUGCGAUUCGAAAAGUAUUCUGGCUGGAACCUGCUAGAAGACGGGUCAAUCCGAAUAGAGGAGGUAACAGAGGAAGCUCUCGGCACUUAUACCUGUGUGCCUUACAAUGCCCUGGGUACGAUGGGCCAGUCCCCCCCUGCCCGACUGGUACUGAAGGACCCACCCUAUUUCACGGUGCUACCAGGCUGGGAGUACAGACAAGAGGCAGGGAGGGAGCUGUUGAUCCCUUGUGCUGCUGCAGGAGACCCCUUUCCUGUCAUCGCCUGGAGAAAGGUAGGGAAGCCCAGUAGAAGCAAGCACAACACCCUUCCAGGUGGCAGCCUGCAGUUCCGAUCCCUCAGCAAGGACGACCAUGGGGAGUGGGAGUGCAUCGCUACCAAUGUGGUCACAAGCAUUACUGCCAGCACUCACCUUACAGUCAUAGGCACAAGCCCUCAUGCCCCGGGCAGUGUGCAUGUCAUGGUCUCCAUGACCUCUGCCAACGUCUCCUGGGAGCCUGGCUAUGACGGUGGAUACGAGCAGACAUUCUCAGUUUGGUACGGCCCUCUGAUGAAGAGAGCACAGUUUGGACCUCAUGACUGGCUGUCUCUUCCGGUACCAACUGGUCCUAGUUGGUUGCUGGUGGACACCCUGGAACCAGAGACCGCCUACCAGUUCAGUGUCUUGGCUCAGAACAAACUGGGUACGAGCGCCUUCAGUGAGGUGGUCACUGUGAACACGCUAGCAUUCCCUGUAACAACUCCAGAACCACUGGUGCUGGUUACCCCACCGAGGUGCCUAACAGCCAAUCGGACGCAGCAAGGAGUCCUGUUGUCGUGGCUUCCUCCAGCCAAUCACAGCUUUCCAAUUGACCAUUACAUCAUGGAGUUCCGCGUAGCGGAGAGGUGGGAGAUAUUGGACGAUGCCAUCUUGGGGAGUGACAAUGACUUUUUUGCCAAGGAUUUGUCUCAGGACACCUGGUAUGAGUUCCGAGUUCUGGCUGUCAUGCAGGACCUCAUCAGUGAGCCUAGUAACAUUGCAGGUGUCUCCAGUACAGACAUAUUCCCCCCGCCUGACUUGACGGACGAUGGUUUGGCCCGACCUGUGCUGGCGGGCAUUGUUGCCACCAUCUGCUUUCUGGCCGCUGCCAUCCUCUUCAGCACACUAACUGCCUGCUUUGUCAACAAACAACGCAAACGCAAGCUCAAGCGCAAGAAAGACCCUCCUCUCUCGAUAACCCACUGCAGGAAGAGUCUGGAGUCUCCGUUGUCUUCCGGUAAAGUGAGUCCCGAGAGCAUCCGCACACUCCGUCCCCCCUCGGAGUCCUCUGAUGACCAAGGCCAGCAGGGCAAGCAUAUGCUGAGCCCCAGCAAGGAGAAGGAGUUGUCCCUGUACAAGAAGACCAAGAGGGCCAUUAGCAGCAAGAAGUACAGUGUCUCCAAGGCUGAGGCUGAAGCCGAGGCUACUACCCCCAUUGAGCUCAUCAGCCGUGGGCCUGAUGGCCGCUUUGUCAUGGACCCCUCAGAGAUGGAGCCCUCGCUCAAGACCCGCCGGAUAGAGGGCUUCCCCUUUGUGGAGGAGACAGACAUGUACCCUGAGUUUCGCCAAUCAGACGAAGAGAAUGACGACCCCGUUGUGCCCUCAUCUGUGGCAGCCCUCAAAUCUCAGCUGACCCCUCUCUCUUCCAGCCAGGAAUCCUACCUUCAGCCACCAGCAUACAGCCCCAGAUUCCACAGGGGCUUGGAGGGCACAGGUGCUCUGGAGAGCUGCCUGCAGGCCACUGGUCAGGCCAGACCGCCAGCCCCGAGGCCUUUCCACCACAGCCAAUUUUACGGUUACCUCAGCAGCAGCAGUCCUGGGGAGAUGGACCCUCCGCCCUUCUACAUGCCAGAGGUCAGCCCUCUCAGCUCUGUCAUGUCCUCCCCUCCUCUGCACCCCGAGGGGCCCUUUGGACACCCCACCAUCCCUGAGGAGAAUGGAGAAAAUGCUUCCAACAGCACGUUGCCCCUGACUCAGACGCCAACAGGGGGCCGGUCUCCUGAGCCAUGGGGCAGGGCUGAGUUCCCUUUCAGCAGCCUGGAGGCUUCUCCCAUGAUAUUCCCUCAACAGCUCCACCAGUGUGAGGUGGCAGAGUGUGUGCAGCUGACGGCCUGUCUUCCUAGGGGCCUGCCCCCUUCCUCCCUCCAGGUCCCUGCAUCCUACCCUGGCAUUCUGCCCCUGGAGGCACCAAAGAGUUGGACUGGCAAGCCACCUGGCAGAAGCCAACCCUCUGUGCCCACCACCACCAAAUGGCAGGACAAACCUAUGCAACCUAUGGCGAGUCAAGGGCAGCUAAGACAUACCAGUCAAGGUAUGGGCAUACCCGUGUUGCCUUACCAUGAACCAUCCGAGUCAGUCAGCCACAGUGGCACAAGCACAUUUGGCCUGGACACCAGGUGGUAUGAGCCCCAACCCAGACCUCGGCCUAGCCCUCGGCAAGUCAGGAGGGCUGAGCCCAGUUUACAUCAGGUGGUGCUACAACCUUCGAGGCUUUCCCCUCUGACCCAAAGUCCCCUCAGCUCCCGCAACAGCUCCCCCGAGCUGACUGCACGUGCCAGACCGCGACCGGGUCUCAUCCAGCAAGCGGAGAUUUCGGAGAUCACCCUGCAGCCCCCCGCGGCAGUCAGCUUCUCCCGCAAGUCCACCCCGUCGACCGGCUCCCCGGCUCAAAGCAGCAGGGGAGAAAGCCCCAGCUACCGACCUGCCAUGGCCUUCACCUCUUUGGCCACUGGCUACCCCUCCUCUCAGUGCCCCUCCCUUCCCGGGGACAGUAUGGAUGUUUUUGGACAAAUUCCCUCUCCAAGGAGGGCUGGGGAGGAGAUUCUUAGACCUGAGCCUACACCGACAACAUUAUCCACUUCGGGAGAACGUCCAUCUCCAUCCGGGAACGCUGCUGCACCUGAGAGGCUCGAAGCUCUGAAAUACCAGCGGAUAAAGAAGCCCAAAAAGUCAUCCAAGGGCUCCUCAAAAUCCAGAAAACAAUCCAAUGGUUCUGCCUCCCAGGUUCAGCAACUUCCCAACUCUCAGGUACUGUGGCCUGACGAAGCGGUCUCCCUCCGCAAGAAGAAGAGACACUCUCGUCAGGAUCCCUUCGCUCGCCUCUCCGCGUUGAAGGAUGACCUUUGCCACCGGCAGCUCCCUGAGGACCAGACAGCUAUUCUCAACAGUGUGGACCCCGAUGAUUCUGGCGGGCAUGCCACCUUACUUUAGCGUAGCACCAGCCAGAGAAGGUUCAAAGGGAGGUGGGAGGAGGGAGAGGAGAUCUCAUGAGCUACAGACACAUGUGGGGAGAGAUGGGGUGUGAGCUUCAGCCUGGGUUCUCAUACCAACAAGCUGAAUGUUUGGUAUCACAUCCAGGGAACCCAGCAUCCAAUCUUUGACCACUGGGAGAGGCUCUCCCCUUCAUAGGACACCUUCCAUUUAGUGCAGAUCAUGGGGGCGGUGGGGGGGUGAGAGGGAGGAAUGUCCUAAAUUACAAGGGGAUGGAGGGGAAAAUACCCCCCGCCUCACCCACCCCCUGCCAUUUGGAACAGGAAAAGGUGAGGUUGGGGUUUGCAGGGCUCAGAGCGAGAAGGAUUCAAACUCAGUGUUGUCAUAAGAAUCUGUUGUCCCUUGAAUCCCCCCCUCUCUGCUACGGCUUCAGUUUUAUGAGUGCUAGAAGAGGGAUGAGAUUUUACAUCCUGGUUUCCAAAAGUAUGUAUAGAUUAAAAAAACAAUGCAGAUUACAAUGUAUAUUUAUACAGUGUGUAUUUAGGUAGGAACAUGGAAGUAAGCAAAUGGCCUGAAUUCACAGGAAUCAUUUGGAUUCCACAGAAAACAAUGAAGUGACACAGAACAAUCCAGAUUGGAACUGAUGACCCAGUUAAUCUGAUAAUUUUGUAAUGCAUUAUUCUAAAAUAAUCCCAGAAAACUUUACCAGUGCAAAAUCUCAUUGCCUCUCCACCUUUUUGCCUGAGGAUGAUGGGUAACAAAAACACAAAUGAUCUCUUACUUCUGUCCAACCCCUGCCCCCCUCAAACUCCAGAAUAAGUAGAUGUGUGGAAUCGUGCAAGGUCCCGUACAUAGACACUCUCAAAACUUGUUAAUUUAUGGUAACAUCUCUUUGCAAACCUGCAAAGAUCGGGGUGGAAGGCGGAAUUUAAAUCCAAUGAUCUUCUAUCUCAAACUAGACUUGGUCAACUUUGAGGAGGGGGUUUAGAUUGCCAAUUUAUUAUUAAUAGUAGUAAUGUUCUGUAGUUCACUUUGUAAAAUUAAUGAAGUCUUAGAAUACAAGAUCUCAUUACAGGAGUGCUUGCAUUUUUUAACCUUUGCUGCAAAGUGAGGAGAGAGAACUGAUUUUUUUUUCCUGUGUAGAGUGUGAAUGGAAAUGGUUCAACUGGUGUACCCCCCACAAAAAAGUGUAAACUUCAGUCUGCAUCUUCCAAUCCAUUGCCCCACUGAUUAAUGUAAACAGGGCAUACACAACAAUGCCUGAGAGGGAGCUUUUGGAAGGUAGCUUUUGGUCCCCAGAGCUGAUAAAUUCCUUCUAGCUGCAAGCAGAAGAAACAAAUUCUGUCACCUUGCAUCUGUUCUAAAUAUGUUGCUAAUAUGUCCCCUCCCCUGUUCCACCUCCACCCCAGUUUUAGAAUGAAUGUGAUAGAUGCAUUGGGUUUUAACACUCCCAGGAUUCAGUCUGAGGAGUUAUGGUCUCCUCCUUUUACCAAUGCCAUUCCAAUUCUUCACCAGAGUGUAUUUUCUACUCAGAUUAGUUUGAAUGAUUCAUAUGUCCGUCAGUUUCUCUCUGGAUUGUAUUGGUCUAUAUACGAGGGGCAACUCUGGUGUAGUGAAUGGAAUGUGAGGCUAGGAGUCAGGAUCCCUGGGUUCUAUUCCUGGUUCUGCCACUGACUCAUCGUGUGGCCUUGGGCAAGUCACUUAACCACUCUGUGCCUCAGGUUCCUCAUCUGUAAAAUGGAGAUAAUGAUACUUAAGCUCCUUUGUAAAGCACCUAGAAGUCUACAGAUGAAAAGUGCUAUAUAAAUGUGAAGUAUUAUUAUAUUCCUAUAUUUAGGCACUUUCUAAGUGGCGAGAUCAAACAGUGCAUCCAGGUCGUUGUGUAUUUCUUCCCUUGUGCUGGAGUGCUAAGAUCAUAGCCUGCCUGGGAAUAAAACAAUUACACUUAAAGUAUUUCACAUGGGUGGUUUUGCUUUAAGUGAAUUCAGGAUGUAGAAGGUCUCAGGUGAAUCCUGGGAGGACCUAGGUACUUCUUUGCACAGAAUCUCCAAGGCACAGGAUUUUCACUUGUAUCCUUCCCAAGGUUGAUUUUUUUUUUCAGGUGGGAUGGCCACAACAUUUUCACCAGUCUUGCUAUGGUUAACACGGGCUUUGACUAUUAUUCUUGCUAAUGGUUGAACCUCAAAGGGCUCAGUGGUUUGGCGAAGCAUCCAAGAGUUUCAGAUGCUUUGUAAAAAGGAACAGUUUAGAUCAAGCAAUAUCAGUGAGUCAAGCUGUUUGGUGAAAUUUAAAAAUUUCACCUAGAAAUAUCCCAAGAAGACUUUUUUUAUUAAGGUUUUUGUUUCCAGUCUCAUCAGAUCUUCAGAAACAACAAUAAA